AUUCCCCUGCCAUACUUCCACAAAAGGGGGUAAAAUAACCUUUUGCAAGUACCUCCCUGACAGCCUCUUUCUCUCUCUAGAACUACAAGCAUCUCCCUAUCUGCCUCUAGAAAAUAUUUCUAUGAUUUUCAAUUUCGUUGCGCACUCGGACCGGUAAAUCCACUCACUUUUGCUCCGAUUACGGAUCGUUAACCUUACGCCGGUGCAGGUUAGAAAUCCCGACCACACUGAAGUUCUUCAAAAUUCAAAACCCACGCUUAAACAACAACGUUUGGCGCUCACCUCCUUCCGGCUGCCGGCCGAUCCUGUUACCCAAAACGUUGGUGUUAGAAGUGCGCGCGAUUGCAAAACCUUCCCACUCCUGAACAUCUCUGCUUGACCUGAUAUAGAUUUUUGCAUAUAUUCUUCCACAUACACGGAGGGCUUUAAUAAAUUUCAUCCCUCACCAUUCCAAUCACUUGCCUCAUUUGGUAAGAGGAGUGCCAGAGAAGCUUUUUUGUAUUAGAUGGUAUGGCCUUUUACAGGAAUUAUUCGAAUGAAACAGUUGAAUUUGAGGAGAGAAUACCCGCGCAAGGAUGCAUAGAUAAUGGAUUUUCCAAAAUUGAGGAGGUAGAGGCUACAUCAAGCUACAAUGAUGAUGUCAGUAGAUUGCAAGAUCGUGUUUCUGAAGAUGCUCAGAGGAUAGGGGAUGGGCAACCAUCUAUGAGAAGCGCACCUGUAGUCGGACAGUGGGCCUCAAGCUAUUGGAGGGAUUCUCAACAAAUGCACGACAAUGACAUGUCUGAGUUAAGGGAUGAUGCAAAGAGUGGUUCUGAUUAUAAAAAUGAGGAAGAAUCUGAAGAUGAGUCAUUUGAUGGUAGGGAUGAUAGAUUGGAUUCAGAAGACUAUGGUCAACAUACGGAAACAAGAAAGGGUGCAUGUGUUCCUGCUGAUGAGAUGUUGUCUGAUGAGUAUUAUGAACAGGAUGGUCAUGAUCAGAGUGAUUCAUUACGUCACAGUGUCGCUAAUGAUUCUAGUGGCAAUAACACCAAGCUUCCAAAGCUUGGUGUUAUUGCUGCCAGAAAUAAUGCAUCAAGAAAGCUAAAAACUUCCAAAGCUUGCCAGUAUGAUGACGAUGAUGCUGAUUGUGGCGAGGAAGAAGAAGAAGAAGAUGAUCCAGAUGACAUGGAUUUUGAUCCUGACUAUGGAACUACAAGUGAUCACAAGGGAACAAAGGAUGAAGACUGGGAGGGUGAGGAUUCUGAUGAACCGAAUAAUAGUGAAGAUGAUCUGGAUAUUUUAAAUGAAGCUGAUUCCUAUUUAAAACAAAUAAGGGGCAAGCAACAAAUAAGGGGUGGUCGGAAUGCAAAAUCUACCAGGGAAUAUAAAUACAUUCCACCUUCAGCUCGGCGCAAAAGAGGCAGAACAUCAUUUGAAGAUCAAGAAUCUUCUGAACAUGAUUCUGAAGAUUGUAGUGAUGAAUGCUUUGGGAGUAUCUCUAGAAGAGGUGGAAAUUUACGCAAGAAAAACGGUGGUCGAUCCUUGACUGGAAGUGUUUCUGGUAGGAUCACUGAACAUCGAACAUCAGGGCGUCGAUCAGUCCGAAAAGUCUCCUAUGUCGAGAGUGAAGAAAGUGAAGAGCUUGAUGAAAUGAAAAAAAAGAAGUGCCAAAAGGAGGAGAUUGAAGAGGAAGAUAGCGAUUCAAUUGAAAAAGUAUUAUGGCAUCAACCAAAGGGCAUGGCAGAAGAAGCCAGGAUGAAUAAUAAAUCAACCCAUCCUAUGUUGUUAAGCCACUUGUUUGACUAUGAACCUGAUUGGAACGAAAUGGAAUUUUUGAUAAAAUGGAAAGGCCAGUCUCACCUGCAUUGUCAGUGGAAGCCAUUUUCUGAGCUACAAAAUCUUAGUGGGUUCAAAAAGGUUCUGAAUUACAUAAAGAAAGUGACUGAGGAUGUGAGGCAUCGAAAAACAGUAUCUCGUGAGGAGAUUGAAGUUAAUGAUGUGAGCAAGGAAAUGGACUUGGACAUCAUCAAACAAAAUAGUCAGGUCGAGAGAGUUAUUGCAGAUCGAAUUGGAAAAGACAGUUUCGAGAAUGUGGUGCCAGAGUAUUUAAUCAAGUGGCACGGGCUUUCUUAUGCGGAAGCAACUUGGGAGAAGGACACUGAUAUUGCAUUUGCUCAAGAUGCAAUUGAUGAAUACAAGGCUCGUGAGGCUGCCAUGAUGAUUCAAGGGAAAACCGUAGAUUUCCAGCGGAAAAAGAGCAAAGGUAGUUUGAGGAAGCUUGAUGAACAGCCCCAGUGGUUGAAAGGAGGAAAGCUCCGUGACUAUCAGCUUGAAGGUUUGAACUUUCUUGUUAACAGCUGGAGAAAUGACACAAAUGUCAUAUUAGCUGAUGAAAUGGGUCUGGGUAAAACUGUUCAGUCAGUUUCAAUGCUUGGUUUUCUUCAGAAUGCACAACAAAUUUAUGGUCCAUUUCUUGUUGUUGUACCAUUAUCAACUUUGUCCAAUUGGGCAAAAGAAUUCAAAAAAUGGUUACCUGAUAUGAAUGUUAUUGUAUAUGUUGGAACUCGUGCAAGCCGUGAGGUAUGCCAGCAAUAUGAGUUUUACAAUGAGAAGAAGGCUGGUAGGAGCAUAAGAUUCGAUGCUCUUUUAACUACAUAUGAAGUUUUGUUGAAGGACAAGGCAGUUUUGUCUAAAAUAAGGUGGAACUACUUUAUGGUUGACGAAGCCCAUAGGCUAAAAAACAGUGAGGCUUCUCUGUAUACGACACUAUUGGAAUUUAGCACCAAAAACAAGUUACUCAUUACUGGUACUCCUCUUCAAAAUAGUGUUGAAGAGCUAUGGGCUUUGCUUCACUUUCUUGAUCGUGAUAAGUUUAAGAGCAAGGAAGACUUCAUUCAAAAUUAUAAAAAUCUUAGCUCCUUCAAUGAAAAUGAGCUUGCUAAUCUUCACAAGGAACUACGGCCUCACAUUCUUCGUAGAGUCAUCAAGGAUGUUGAGAAGUCUUUGCCUCCUAAGAUUGAGCGAAUUCUUAGGGUUGAGAUGUCACCACUGCAGAAACAGUACUAUAAGUGGAUCUUGGAGCGCAACUUCCAUGAUUUGAAUAAAGGAGUGCGUGGCAAUCAGGUUUCACUUUUGAACAUUGUGGUUGAAUUGAAGAAGUGCUGCAACCAUCCAUUUCUCUUUGAAAGUGCAGACCAUGGUUACGGUGGGGAUGCCACCUUUUUUGGUAGCACUAAACUUGAAAGAGUCAUCUUAAGCAGUGGGAAGCUAGUUAUACUUGACAAGUUGCUUGAGAGAUUACAUGAAACAAAACACCGUGUUCUAAUAUUUUCUCAGAUGGUUCGGAUGUUGGACAUAUUGUCAGAGUAUCUAUCAUUGAAGGGCUUCCAAUAUCAGAGACUUGAUGGUAGUACUAAGGCUGAGUUACGUCAUCAGGCUAUGGACCAUUUUAAUGCUCCUGGCAGUGAAGAUUUCUGUUUUCUUCUUUCAACUCGUGCGGGUGGCUUGGGCAUAAAUCUUGCUACAGCAGAUACAGUUAUUAUAUUUGAUUCCGACUGGAACCCUCAAAAUGAUUUACAGGCUAUGAGCAGAGCUCACAGGAUAGGGCAACAAGAAGUCGUCAACAUUUACCGAUUUGUCACGAGUAAAAGUGUAGAGGAAGAUAUUUUAGAGCGUGCCAAGAAGAAGAUGGUUCUUGAUCAUCUGGUGAUACAAAAACUGAAUGCUGAAGGUAGAUUGGAGAAAAAAGAAUCCAAGAAAGGAACUGUCUUUGAUAAAAAUGAACUCUCCGCAAUCUUACGGUUUGGCGCAGAGGAACUUUUCAAAGAGGACAAAAAUGAUGAGGAGAGCAAGAAGGGGCUUCUUAGUAUGGACAUCGAUGAAAUUCUUGAACGGGCAGAGAAAGUAGAAGAUAAGGUAGCAGAUCAAGAGCAAGGGAAUGAGUUGCUCGGUGCUUUUAAGGUUGCAAACUUUUGCGGCGCUGAAGAUGAUUCUACUUUUUGGAGUCGGUGGAUAAAGCCUGAAGCAAUUGCUGAAGCUGAAGAUGCAUUGGCUCCUCGAGCUGCUCGAAAUAUUAAGAGUUACGCGGAAACUAACCCUAUGGCUGAAACAAAUAAGAGGAAAAAAAGGGGGUUGGAGACCCAGGAAAGAUUACCAAAGCGUCGAAAGGCAGAUUCUUGUUUCUCAGCUCCUGCGAUUGAGGGAGCUUCCUCUCAAGUAAGAGGAUGGUCGUAUGGAAACUUGUCAAAGAGGGAUGCCACACGUUUUUCUCGUGCGGUCAAGAAGUUCGGUAAUGAUAGCCAAAUUAGCUUAAUAGCAGCCGAAGUUGGUGGGGCUAUUGAGGCAGCUCCAAGUGACGCCCAGAUUGAACUUUUUGAUGCUCUCAUUGAUGGCAGUAGGGAGGCAAUAAAAGCAGAAAUUUUGGACUCAAAGGGCCCCCUGUUAGAUUUUUUCGGCAUCCCAGUCAAAGCUGAUGAACUUCUAAGUCGUGUUGAAGAGCUUCAACUUCUAGCCAAGCGCAUUAGUCGGUAUGGUGAUCCCAUAUCCCAAUUUCGAGCACUAGCUUAUCUUAAACCCGCUACAUGGUCUAAAGGUUGUGGCUGGAACCAGAAGGACGAUGCAAGGUUGCUUUUGGGAAUUCAUUAUCAUGGGUUUGGAAACUGGGAGAAGAUACGGCUGGAUGAGAAGCUUGGUCUUAUGAAAAAGAUCGCUCCUGCUGAACUUCAACAUCACGAGACUUUCUUACCCCGAGCUCCCCAGCUCAAGGAACGAGCUUCUCAACUUCUAGAGAUGGAAGUUGCUGCGGUUGGUGGCAAGACUCCUUGUGUAAAAGUUGGCCGCAAGGGUAACAAGAAGCAGGGCAGUGUUCCCAACAUCACUGUAGCUUCUCUUCAUCCAAAGGCUAAACAGGGGAAACCAGGCACCAAGGGCUUAGCUCAGAAGCCCCAGAAGGCUGAGCCGUUAGUUAAAGAAGAGGGCGAAAUGUCACAGGAUGAGGAAGUGUACAAACAAUUUAAGGAGGGAAAAUGGAUGGAAUGGUGUAAAGAUGUGAUGAUUGACGAGGAGAAUACACUCAACCGUCUCCAGAGACUGCAGACCACCAGUGCAGACCUUCCCAAGGAGAAGGUGCUAUCAAAGAUCCGAAAUUAUUUGCAGCUUCUUGGGCGAAGGAUUGAUCAAAUUGUUUAUGAAUAUGCACAGGAUACAUAUAAACAAGAAAGGAUGACGACACGAUUAUGGAAUUAUGUUUCAACGUUUUCAAAUUUAUCGGGUGAAAGACUUCAGCAGAUAUAUUCUAAGCUCAAGCAAGAGCAACAAGUAGCAGGAGUUGGACCUUCACACAUGAAUGGUUCUGCAUCUGGAUUCAUGAAUAAGGGGUUUGACACAGAGAAAUUUGAGGCGUGGAAGAGAAGGAAAAGAGCUGAAAAUGAUGCACAUAGACCCAUGGGUAUUGGGGUUCGUGUACCCGAACCAAACUCAUCUUCUGGGAUUUUAGGCGCCGCCCCUUCUUCUUCUGAUUAUAGUAAUAAUAAGCAUUUCAACAAUAAUGGCAGUAGGCCAUCUUCCAGAACGAAGCCCUUCCCACAAAGACAAGGCUUCUCAUCUGGUAUCAAAUAAACCUUUUACUGCCCACACAUGAAUGAUCCCUCCUAGAAGGCAAAUAUGGAGUCUUGUUUGGACUCCUGUGCUCGCUGGAGUUAUGUUGGCUGACGGAAAACAAUUUUUUGCCAAUUUUUUGGCCAUAGUUUCAACUGUUAUGAAGCUGUGCUAUCAAACAGAGGGUGGAACUUUCAAUUUCAUGGUGGAAACUGGAAUUUGGGAAGCCCCAAAACAUCUCUGCCAGAGACAGUGAAUGAAUUAUAUGAAACUUUCGGCAACAUAAAAGUUUAUUGUUCACUAUAUAUAUAUAUAUAUAUAUAUGUAUAUAUAUAUAUAUAUAUAUAUAUAUGCAAAUUACUAAUUCUUUUUUUUCCCUUUCUGGUAUAUAGUUGUUAGGAGUUCCCCUUAGUUCGUUAAAUGGUUCUUUGGGGGAAAAAGAUGAUGUAUUUGUUAUGCUUUGCACGAACUGUACAACAUGCAAUUUUGCUUAAUGAAUGUCGAGACAUUAUUCUUUGCCAUUUAUCACGGUAUUGACAAUAAACGGCAGCACUCAGUUUUGAAGGUACAGACGCUAGGAUUCAGCUCUGCUUAAUUUCAAAUCCUAAAUCCAGAAAGCUUCUUGAAAUCGGGUACUCUUUAAGGCCUUCACUGUUAUACUUCCUACCAGUUCAUAAUUAACGCGAGCAGCUCACGCGACAUGCGGCGUGGUGUUCACCCAUGAAGCAAGCCGAUGUAGCAGUGACAAGAAAGACCAUGCCAAGCCUUAGGUGGGAGGGACACCUCUACCAAGUACUCAAAGUAGUCAAACUUAUCAUCCAGUAAAAGAUACUUUCAGGCGAGCAGCUCACGCGACAUGCGGCGUGGUGUUCACCCAUGAAGCAAGCCGAUG